UCCAACAAAGUCAAAGCAUAAUUGGCUACAUUAACAAUAUUUCAAUGGUAGUCAACCAGACAGGUACGAUGUUACCGAUCAAUUCUUCUAUAGGACAUAUAUUUCUGAAGGAUCUCAUGGAGCCUCGAUUAUUUCAAUACCUUAAAAUUCAAAAACAGGGCGAUGUAUUAACACUAUGCGAAGUCAAACUAUACGAAGCAGAAUGCCCAGUUGGAACAUUUGGAGAUAAAUGCUCUAAUCCGUGUAAAUGUGCUGACAAGCUGAAUUGCGAGAAAGUCAAAGGAACAUGUAUAAGUAAAGGAUGUUUACCUGGCUGGGAAGGAGCAUCUUGUAAUAAAUCAUGUGGUCACCAACAUUUUGGAUCAAACUGUGCAUACCAGUGUCAUUGUUUUACUAAUGGAUCAUGUGCAAAAGAUUCGGGAAAAUGCAAUAACUCCCGUUGUGAUCCGGGAUGGGAAUUAUCAAAUUGUAGUAAAGCAUGCAGCUUUCCUCAUUUCGGAGAUAACUGUAGAGACACUUGUCACUGUUUAAACAAUUCUGAAUGUGAUCACCGUGAUGGAAAAUGUGACAUUAAAUUAUGUGAAGCUGGCUGGCAAGGGAUUAGUUGUAAUUACGUGUGUGACCAUCGACGAUUUGGUAUAAACUGUUCCUCUGUAUGUAACUGUCGUGAUAAUACAAGUUGUAAUGCUACGACUGGACAAUGCAACACUGGUUUAUGUGACCCAGGCUGGCUUGGAAACAGCUGUGACAAAGCCUGCAGCUUUCCUCAUUUUGGUGAUAAUUGUAAUGAUAUUUGCCACUGUAUCGACAACUCAAGAUGUAAUCAUAUUAAUGGAAGCUGUGAUCGAAGUUUAUGUGACGCAGGCUGGCAUGGAGACAGUUGUAACGAUGCUUGCAAUGGUACAUUUGGAUACAAUUGUUCCAACAAAUGUCACUGUGAUCGCGAUGAUAACUGCAGUCCAACAGACGGCAAAUGUCUUCUCGGAGGAUGUCAAUCAGGAUGGCAGGGCGAUAACUGUAGUAUUGAAGUGCUACCUUUGUCACAAGAUCAACCAUCUACUACCGCUGCAGUUGCUGGGGAGUGUCAGCCACUGUUAUAGUGAUUGCAUUAGGCGUCAUUAUAGGAUUCAUCAUUUUUAAGAAAAGAAAUGCAUCAGCUGAAAGAAAUUCUAAACGAAACGCAUAUAAAGACAAAACAACAAAUCUUAAAGAAAAACGAAAAUCAAAUUUGUACGGCAAUGACAAUAAGUCAUUUGAUGGAAUUGCGGAAACAAACAUGAAUGAGUCAGUUUCUAACGACUAUUACAGUUUUGGGGAGUGUUCCGGUAUAAAGAUUUGUGAGCUUUGGGAUUAUAUCUACAAAAAAAUGGAAAACAACUGCGAACAGUUUUAUAAGGAGUUUAAGACAUUACCAUAUGGUCUUGUGCAUAGCCAUAAAUCCGCAGAUGAAAUAGCAAACAAAGGGAAAAAUAGAUACAGGGAAAUGUACGCCUAUGACCAUACACGUGUUAUUUUGAGUGACGUAGAAGAUGGUAAAAAUACCGAUUAUAUCAACGCUUGUUAUAUUGAUGGUUAUGAAAAAGCGAAAAAGUUCGUAGCAUCACAAGGU